ACUUAACUGAGGUAGACGCCCUCGUGGGAAUUACAUGAGGCACCCGCUGUAUAGCUGUGUUAUUAAUGUCCAUAUAGGUAUCAUCAAGAUGCCUCCACGAGGUCUCCCGACCAGAGUUCAUCAAUCCUGAGUAUCGCACAAUCCUCGCCCCGAUGAACGGCAGUAAGGCAGCAGUAUGGCAUUCUCAAGAUGGCACCACGGUUUUAAAUCAUGCGUAUAAAUUCAACGUGGACACAUACGAUGAGGAUGUAUCGAAAGAUGCAAGAUAUCAAGAAUCCGAAUCCUUGAUGCUGAUGGAACGCGAAAUCGAGAUUUACCAGCACUUAGGACACCAACCGGGUAUCCUUGCCUAUAUAAAGUUCGCAGAGGUGGGCAUUUAUUUCCUUACAAGAAAAAUGGCAACCUUCAGGCCUUCCUGCUGGGCUCGAUGGAACCGGUUCCGCUGCGGACAAAGAUAUCGUGGGUAGAAUCGGCGGGCGGAAGUAUCACCCUCAUCUAUUUCAAGCAUGUUAUCCAAGGCGACGUCAGUGCAAGAGACUUUCUGGUCGACAAUGAUCUUUCCAUCUUGCUCUGCGACUUCUCCGGUUCCGCCCUGAACGACAAAGAACCAUGGGUCGUUGGCAUGGACCACUUUGAAGUGUCCAUCACCACCGAAAUCUUCUCGUUCUGCUCUCUGAUCUUCGAUAUCAUGACCAGACGGCGCCCCUAUGACGAGAUUGAACAUAGUGAUGAAGCUGAGCGUCUCUGUGGCGAAGAAAUGUUUCCGCCAAUGGACGAUGUCCCGUUCCGAGAUAUCAUUCUGAAAUGCUGGAAAGGUGGCUACACUACUGUGGUUGAGAUCUUGGAAGAC